AUGCUUAAUACCUAUAACAGUAAUGUUAUCGGACCAUGGAAAGUAACAAAGGUUUUUCUUCCAUUAUUAAAAAAAUCGGUGAAAUCAAAUCAACCCCAUAACGCGCAGCAAUCAAGCAUCAUUAUGAUAUCGAGUUUAAUGAGUUCAAUGGAACUAGCAAAAUCUUUCCCGUUUUUUGCUUAUGACUAUCAAUGCAGUAAAGCUGCGUUAAACAUGUUCACAGUUUGCAUGGCAAAAGAAUGGGAGAAAAAAGGAAUUUUUAUUGCUUUGGUACAUCCCGGAUGGGUUAGAACCGACAUGGGCGGCGACAGCGCUGAUCUAGACAUUGAUACGGCUACUACAAAUAUUGUUGAAUGUUUACAAUCGUUGAAAGCUGAACAUUAUGGCAGAUUAAUUGAUUCAACACAAGGAUCCAACAUAACAAUAUUCCCUUGGUAAAAGAAAAAACAGUUUCACGCAUUAUCCGCUGUUUUUUUUGUAUUCGUCAUGAUUUUUCAUAACUUAUUUAGUAAUCUUUUAUUGGAUUGGAAAUAGCUGCUCAAAGACCAAAUUUUAUACUUACUUCACAUUCGUACGAUCUCUGAGAGUGUUAAGUCGUGAGUUAGCCAGCACUUUCCUUGACAUGGUUGAAUAGAGGACGUCGAGUUAUGGGAGGGAUGAGAGUGUCCUCAACUAAGUAAACCCUUAACUAAAACUAUUUGUAGAGAACACCAUCAAUGAUAUGCCUUUGGAGUAGAACAGAAUUCGGUCAAGUAUUGUAAGUGUUAUUAACUAAUUAAGUUUAAUAGUUUCAUAAAAAUUUUAAAUGACUUUUGUAAAGUACUAGAUUAUAAUUAAUAAGUGCUAAUUAAUGCUAAUUAGCAUCACUUUGGCGCAUUACACUUUUAUUUGCAAGUGGAUCGAUUUGUUGAAGAUCGUGAAGGAAUAUAUCAUUCGAUAUAGAUUUUCAAGCACUUACCGUAAAUUCAAAUGAAACUUCAUAACGAUUUUAGCUAGGGUAAACUACAUUUAUUAUUUAUAUAUUUGUUCUUCUUCUAAUGUCAUCUCAAGUGACUCACUGUCAUUCAUUUUUUGUAUCCCUACUGUCUUUGCACUGACAGCCGUCUGAGUAGGACAAGAAAAAUACACGUGAUAGUUUACAUAUACAUAUUCUUCUUUCGUUUCCCCGUCUUUACAAUAGAGAGGAGUGUGAAAUAAAGAUUGACUUCAUUUUCAUUAUAUCAUCUCAUUUCUUACACCCCACUCAUUAUUUGGUUUCGAUAUCGACUGAAGACAGUCUUGACAUUUUAUCAAUUGACGACAAAAUCAAAUAAGAGUGACAGUCUAACUAGUGGUAAAUUGGAUAUCAACACUAAGGGACUUUUUUUGAACAUCAGUAGUAUGUUCAGCGAAUCAAGUGACAGCGCGCCAAAUGUUUCGAAAUUUGAACUUUUAUAUGAGCAUGUACGAAUGGAAAAUCCUCUGUUGGUAGGAAUAGUAGAGAGCUGGCUAAGUGACUCAGUGACAACAGAUAAAUUGGAUAUACCUGAAUUUACAGAAAUGGUUCAGGAGGGGAUUGUUUAUUAUAUAUUAAAGACCAUAUCAGCUUGUCCAAAUGUUACGGAAUUACUUUUUUUCAACUUACACGUGCCAUCACUCUUCUGAGAAUGAUCCAAACGCGAUGACGCUUUUACCAGAGGUAGACAGUACCGAGUUUUAUCAUGUCCGAAAAUUUCGUUGAGUUUGGAUCAUCCCAUAGGGAGUUAUUAAAAAAAUAACGGCGGUUACGGAAUUACCGAAAAUGGACUUUCUUUUCCAGUGAUGUCUAAGUUUUACAUUUUUCUGCUCAAUGAAAGCUUUUUUUGAGAUGUGUUCUGAAGCAAAGUUGUGUAGCUUGAAACCAGCUUUCAGAAUAUCCACUUGGUUUUCGAUUAGAAUCGCUA